GACACCACCUCCAUUUCGGUUCUGCUCUGAACUGUUCAUCUUCCAAAGCUGUCCACGCUGCGUCUGCACAGACCGUGACGUCACGCGCAGACUCCCGUCAGGACGCACCCAGUAUUCCAACGUGGAAGCAGGACAGGAAGGAAAGUUAACAGCUCCACGGAACAGUUUGGAAUUUUUAUUUUGUGAAUAUAACUGGAUCACUCUUGUGGAUUUAACAUUGCAAGGGGGUUGAUGCAUCUAAUGCUUCGUGGAAAUGGAAGACAAAGAAGAGAACGAGGACAUUAAUGUGGCAAAAGAUGCCUUUGAUGGUAUUGGGAAGAAAGAUGCCGCUGAACGUCUUCUGGAGAAAGCUGAGCCAGCAAGAGACAAGAGAAAGAAAAGUGAUCAUGACGACGAACCAGCAAGAAACAAGAGAAAGAAAAGUGGUCAUGAAGACGAACCAGACUCCCCUGGUCAGUCGUCCAUUUCAUACUCUGCUGAGAAUAGGUCCAUCAUAGUGGCUCCACAUUUGCAAGGACACAGCAUUGACAAUGUCCUUAUUAACGUCAACGUCGGUAAUGAAAGAGACGAGAGAAAGAAAAGUGAUCAUGACAACAAACCAGCACUGGAAGAGCCAGACUCGAACAAAAGAAAGAUAAUUUGUCAACAAAAUUACAAAAAAGAAGUAGAAAAAAAAUAUGGAAAAAUGAAAGACUACAAUUCCCUAACAGGGGAAUGGGUGGAUUUUAAUAAAAGAUACACAAAGCUGCUCAUCCUCAGAAGACACCCGAAGUUAAAGGAAAGGGAAGAUGAGCUGAAAUCAAGAGGACAUCUGGAGUGGAGAAAGAAAUAUAAAAGCGAUGAAGCCAUGUGCAUUCAAGUGAAAGAUGUAUUUGCUCCAGAUGAAAAUGGAGAAAUACCAACAACUGUUGUACUCCAAGGACCAGCAGGAAUUGGAAAAACAUUCACAGUUAACAAAAUCAUGUUUGACUGGGCAUCAAAGAACAUCUUCCAGGACACGUUUGAUUAUGUUUUUCAUUUUGACUUUAGAAAGCUCAAUACAAAAGGUGACGUUAGCUUGAUCGAAUUGCUCUCCGACCAGUACAGUGAUUUAAAUCUUAAGGAAAUACUAGCUUGUCCAGAAAAACUCCUUUUCUUGAUGGAUGGUUUUGAUGAAUGGAAGUUUCCUUUGGAUCAAGAUGAGGGUGGAGAUGAGCGUACAAAACAGCCAGUUGCAAUCACAGUCAAUCGGCUUCUUAAAAGGAAAAUUCUUUCCAAAUCUACCCUGUUAAUCACAACAAGGCCUUCCUCUUUAGAAACUCUUGAAACAAGUGUGACUCUGCAACGCUUUGCAGAUCUUCUUGGGUUUUCAGAGCAUGAAAUACAGGAAUAUGUGUCUAAGUAUUUUCAAACCAAGGAGCAAGCUGAACAAGCCCUAAACUACAUCAAAGAAAAUGAAUCUGUGUCGACUCUGUGUUUUGUUCCAGUUGUCUGUUGGAUUGUUUGUGAAGUAAUAAAACAGAGCAUUGCUUGUGGAGAAGAACUUAACAGGAACUUGAAAACAGCCACCCAAGUUUUUGUUCACUUUGUAAUUACCCUAUGCAGACACCAUGGUAACAAUUCACCAUCGGAUAUCAUUCACAAGCUUGGCCCACUGGCUUUGGGAGGAGUCAGGAAACAGCAAUUUUUAUUUCAGAAAGAAGAACUGGAAAAGCUUAUUUCCAGUCCAGUUCAAGGUGUAUCUGCAUUUCUCAGCAAAAUACAGUUUAAGCAGGGCCUUAGCUGUGGAUCUGCAUACCAUUUUCUGCAUUUAAGUAUCCAAGAGCUAUUUGCUGCCAUGUUUUGUGUUUCAGGCAUGUCUGAUGAAGAAAUAAAUACCUUGCUCAAUGACUCCCUUCAUAACAGAUGUCUCUUAAAUGUAGUUCAAUUCAUGUUUGGGCUUGCAAACAAGAACAUACAAGCGUUGAUCCCAGGCAGUAAUCUACUACCUUUUUGUACAUAAACAAUAAUAAGCACAUUUGCACAACUGCAUAAAAUGUACACAGUUCUAUCUCAGCCAGAUUUCAGUGUUUUAAGAUUCCAAGCACAAGCUUUUGUCAGACAGCAGCCACCUUGAGCUUACCAAGCAUACACAUUGGCUACGUUUACAAAGACUGUUGGCAUCCAGAAUGGAUGUCAUCUUACCAUAAUCAUUCCGGAAUGGAUGUGCUGUGGGUCAGAAUGCAUCAAAUUCAUGGAACAAAUUGAAGAAGCAUCAUCUUACUGACUCCCUUAUCUCAUGUAAUCCCAUUGCAAGUUCAUCUAUAUACACUGUACAUUUUGUACAUAUAAAUUAUAAAUGCAAUAUACAAAUUGAUAUACAUACCUUCAGUGUGGCUGAUACAUCACUGAUAUCUCAGCAACAAACUGAGCUCUCUGUUUAGAUCAAUCCCCUGUUGAAAAAUAUUUAAAGAAAAAUACUUCUUAUAAUAGUCAUUUUAUCUUUUCUUUAAAAAAUAAUUGAUUGAAGUGAAUUGAAUCGUACAUCUUUGAGCAGACACAAUUUUAUGAAGUUCAUAUUCCAACGAUGGUGGAGAUGUGUGAUGGACCAAAGGAAAAGAAUGUUAGAGAAAGCAAAGGCCAGUGGAUUACAGCUGCUCAGUCAUUAUGGAUUCAAACAAAACAAAAAACAAUCUUAACCGAUAAGAAAUCUAUAAGCUGCUUUUUUCAGUUACAUUGAUUGAAGAAUGAUAGCAUGGUAACAGGCAAGUGUCACUGAAUCCCUUUGUUGAAAAUUUUAAUGAAAAUACUUUUCUUAUAGUAAUUCUAGUAGUAUAUCCUUUUAUUCUUACUUUUAAAAUGAAUUGAUUUGAAGUUAAGAUUUGUACAUCUUUUAUCAAACACAUUUUUCAUGAAGUUCAUAUUAGUGUAGUAAUGAUGAUGGUCACAUUGCUGAAUAACCAAAUAAAAAAAAAAAAAAAAAACAAAGCACACCUUAACUUACAUAGUUAAAAAAAUAUGCUAUGAGGGAAUCUUAAUAGAAACAUUUAACAAAUAAAUAAAUGUAACCAUCCUUGAAGAUGUAAAAUACAGAGAUGAUCAGUAGAGCUCUGCAGUUACUUCUGCUGCAAACCCAGAUGCCCUCCGAUUAGGUAAUCAGAAUUGGAAAGUGUCUGUAAUAUCAUUCUAAAAUCUUAAAUUCCAUUGUGAAUACCCUUUUUAAUGCAAUGCACUUUUAAUUAUUGAUACAUGCUUAAGAUGCGUGAUAUCAAAUAUUACCACAGCCCCUCCUAAUUACCAUGAAAUGACACUCACUGGGAUGACACUUAGAGGUUUCUUGUAAACCUGUGUCAAAAUAAAAAAGGACAGGGUCAAGGAAUCUUUUUUCAUGAAUUCUAUAAUCAUAGCGUGCUCCCUUUUAUUUUCAUUGUAAAUCUAGCCAUUGUUAACCACACUCUAU